CGCCUGUUAAUGUCGGACUAAAUGUAUUAAAACUUAGAUCCAGUCUGAGUCAACACUCCUGAGAGUGAGGAAGUUCAAAGUAAGAAGAGAACAGGAUGGCAGAUGCACCCAUCCAUAAUUCAGACUGGGAGCCAGUUAAAGAGCACAACUGGCAACGGUUUACAGCUGGGCUGUCCUCUGUGUCCCAAGUUCACCACCACACGUACAAAGACCAUAUGCAGGCAUCUGGAAUCCCACAUCAAAAACGCGGUGAACUCCCAAGGUAGAGUUAUUUGCAGGUGCAACCUGCCUUGUCGAGACACAGGCCAUUACCACUGCCCGCACUGUGAGAAAACAAUCAUGCGCAAAGAGGAUAUGACCUUGCAUGUGACUGGAUGUCAAAAAACAUGCAAUACGGUGCCACCUUCAGCAGAAAUCAGACCCCCUGUGUCAUCAUCAUUAUCAUCGUCCUUUUUAACUCCCCGUGCUUCCCAGCAGAGGUCAGCGCAGCCCCCUUCAGAGCAUCACCCUCCCCGUUCAGCCGGAGAGGACUCUCUUGCAUUUGACCAUUGUUAUACAUUUUCUCCAUCCUGUCAGCCACCCUCAGCUCCGCCUCCAGAGGCCUCUGAACCACCUGCCGAGUCAUCCUCCAAGGAAGAGGCCGCCGAUGCCGCGCAGUCUGAAGCCACAGAGCUGCCCUCUUCACGUGUGAUUUAUUUAAAGUCAGUGAAGUGCCCUCACUGCUCCGUCGUUCUCUACAAAAAGAACUUAUCAGUGCACAUACAAAGAAAACAUGCAAAACAAAAAGACAUUAUAGCUGCAUCUCACAGGAAAACUAAAUGUGCCGAUAAAGCUCGUGGCCUCUUUGACAUCCCUAAAGGUAUUCAUGUGUGACUUGGAGGACUGAGCUGCCUCAGUCACACAAACUUCCUCUGCUACUUUCAGCCCCUUAACUUAAACAUUUAACUUUCUUGUGGUUUGUUUGAAUUCAGCGAAUCGUGUUUUCUCUUGUUUCUUCAGUAUGAUGCAGCCUCUUUCUCAGCUCUUGGCUUUAAGAGAACUACGGUGGGGGCUGUACAGUGAAAGUAUGUGAAGAAAAAAAACUGUAAAAUAAAAUCUGAAAUUGAUUGAUUGCCUUGGAAUUGUGAGCAGACUCGUACCUAUGUCA